AUGACGACAAUAUUGGAAGCGGAGUUUGGUUCAGAUUCUGAGGAUUCUGAUUAUGAGUUAUCCGAGGUUUCCAGUGAUGAGGAUUCUUCUCGCAGUUUGAAGAGGGAGGAGAAGAAGCGUCGUGAACGUGAAAAAAUGCUUGAGCGUGUGAAUUUGAUGUUUGAUGAUAUGAUUAAGGCCAGUGACUUUUCCUAUAGACAUCCUGACCAUGAAAAGGACGAUUUUAUGCUUCAGUUUCACAAGAAAUCGCCUCCCACUCCUAAGAUUCGAACCUCUAUUGAUUUUGAAGAGUAUCUUGACAAAAACACCAGCAGAGUGUUUAAUUCUUCAAAUGACCUUGACAUUAAGCAGUUUAAGCAAAAGUGCCAUCAAACUCCCAAUUCUGAGAAACUUGAAAUGAUAAAAAAUGCCGUCGCUGUCAAAGAUGCUGAACCAGCUACUAUUAAAACCACUUAUAAAUUCGCCGGAACUACUUACGAGUUAUUUCUUACACUAUAG